GUGUUUCAGCCACUACUGAUCUGGUAUAACUGGAAUGCCAGGAAAGAAAAAUGUUCUGGGCAGUUCAACUGAACACAAUCUGAGAUGAAAAAAAAGUCAAAGAAAUGCUUUUGGCUUAACAAGUUUGCAUCUUAAGACUACUUGACAUGCUGUUAAGCUUUAUGCCUCAGAGCUCUGCUGGGAAAUGUUGUCAGCUUCUGAAAGGCUGGAGGUCAGAGUGGAAGGCUCCUAAGCCUUGUCUGAUUAGUGUGGGGAGGAGCAGAGAGGAGGUUCAGACUUCAAGGUGCAGGAACACAAACACCUGGGACGGUGCAGAGCUUUGAGGGCUGAGCGAGCCUAUCUUGCAGAGCUCUGUGCUCAGCACACACAGGUUUGGGAGGCUCAGUGUGGCUCUGCUUGCUGCAAACCCCCCAGCAGUGCCCACACAGCCCUGGAGAGAGGGGGAUGGACAACACCCACUUCCUGCACUGAGAUUUGGGGGGGCACUUUGCAAGGCAAUGCCAGCUGUUGGCUUUCCAAGAAUGAUGUUAAACAGAAGCUGCAUGUUAUAGAGAGGAGCAAGUCCUGAAUAUCCCCAGCCACUGGAAGGCUGAGAAGAAUUGGCUCUAGGUAAGUGCAAUGACAGGAACCCAGAAGCAGGGAUAAACUCUGCUGGUUUGCAGUGACACUGAUUUUGCAGCUGUAUCUGCCGAAGCCCUGGGCCGUGCUUGGCAGAAGCGCAUGCGUCUGUCGCAACCAGCAGAAGGAAAUGUUACUCAGCCCCACUUCCUUAAGGGUCUGUGGCACAGAAGCACCGUGCUCCACGGAGAGGCUGCGAGGGACACAGUGAGGUGCUGUGUCUAGGAUAGAGUGCAGAGCAGAGACUUUGCUGGGCAGAGCAAGCAGCCAGGUGCCCAUCAGCUCUUCUGCACUUGUGUUGUCUCCUGACUCAUCUGCCUGCUCCUGAAAAUGGAGUAUGUCUGGUAUUGGCUCGAUGAUUCCAACCAGUGGAUUGAGUAUGGGAAAGAGCACCCAGGUCAUGCCACUGCCACUGUAACAUCUGCAUUUCUGGAGAAUGAAUAUCAAACUGACAAGAAUGGUGUUAUUUUCUUCAGGGCUGGUUCUCAGCAGUAUCAGUUAGACUUUGCAGACAUGGUCCAAACAAAUGUGCUCUUUAAGACUCAAAGAAGUGUUAUUCGACUGCCUAAAGAGUCUGAAGAUGGACAAGAUGGAAGCCAAAACAUGACUCUAUCACAUCCUGCCUAUCCUCCACAGUGGGAUCAAACUGCACUGCCUGAUAUUGGGUACAAGUUAAUACAGCUCAGCACUGAUUCCCAAGAAUAUAUAAAAAUCAAGAGGCUGUUUGAGAAGACAAUGAAAGGUUACUGCAUCAACCAGCUGCAGAGGAUUCAGAACCCAACACUUUGGGACAUCUUUCAGUGGCAAAAAGAAAAGAUGAAGAAGCUUCAUAAAUCGAAAGGGGUGAACGAGAGGCUCCUGUUCCAUGGCACAAGUUCAUCCCAUGUGUCUGCCAUCUGUGAGCAGAACUUUGACUGGAGGCUCUGUGGGACUCAUGGGACAAUGUAUGGAAAAGGAAGUUACUUUGCCAGAGAUGCCAGCUAUUCCCACGAGUACUGCUCCUCUCUCGGUGGGCGCUACCGCAUGUUCGUAGCUCAGGUUCUCGCUGGAGACUUUGUGCGGGGCAGCCCUGAGUACUGCCGCCCUCCGCCCAGAGACAAAAACUCAAACAGACUUUAUGACAGCUGCGUGGACGACCCCACAGACCCUUCCAUCUUUGUCAUCUUUGAGAAGCAACAAGUUUACCCUGCCUAUAUCUUGGAAUACAGCCUUGAGACCAGCUGUGUGGUCCUGUAGUGAAUGGUGGAAUGUCUUUUGAAUUCACACUGAAUAAAUUACUCUUCAGUACAUUUUUAAAAAA